AACAAAGAGAGAGAGGGGGAGAGGAUAGGGAUGGAGUUCUUGUGUUCGUUUCGCCUGCUUUUCUCCGAAGUCUCGAAGUCAGCUCUCCUUUUGCUGCGACAGCCCCGACGGUCGUUUUAUGGGCAAUUGAUCCAGGAAGCUUAAAUGGCUUAUGAAGAUAAAACAAUGGCCAAUCGCUCCUCUUCUCCGAAAAUUAUGGCACCAGAUAUCUCAAAUCCAAACAAUGUGGUUUACAUAAAUUCAGAACUAGACCCAGCUAACACACAUAAUCUGCAAACAGGGUCCUUGCAUGAACCUGUGUCAAUCCUUUGGGAUAUUGAGAACUGCCCAGUCCCUAAUGAUGUUUGCCCUGAAGAUGUUGCUGGGAACAUUCGAAUGGCAUUACGGCUGCACCCUGUCAUUAGAGGAGCUGUCACAAUGUUUUCUGCUUAUGGGGAUUUCAAUGCCUUCCCUCGAAGGCUAAGAGAAGGUUGCCAAAGAACUGGGGUUAAACUAGUAGAUGUUCCAAGUGGGCGAAAAGAUGCUGCUGACAAAGCUAUCUUAGUUGACAUGUUUCUUUUUGCACUUGACAAUCGGCCGCCAUCAUCGAUCAUGCUAAUCUCUGGGGAUGUAGAUUUUUCUCCAGCUUUGCAUAUACUUGGUCAGCGUGGUUACACUGUAAUCCUUGUAAUUCCUUCUGGAGUUGGUGUUUCAUCAGCUCUCAUCAAUGCUGGGCAAUUUGUUUGGAACUGGCCUAGCAUAGCACGAGGUGAAGGUUUUGUUCCUGCGAACUCUUUUAUGGCUGGUGUUUCUGAUCUCGCUCCAUGUCUUAGUAGUUGUGGCAUAGAAGUGACACAAAAUAUUCAGAAUGAUGAGGAGGCCAUUGUCUACAAAGGAAUUUCUCAACAUGAAUAUGCCACUGAAUCAAACAUUGGCCGUGACCUUUGCCACAACUCUGCCUAUACAUCUGGAGGAGUUGGUAAAACUUCAUAUUCAUUCAAUGAAUACAGCAGCAGCAACUUCACAGGGCCUUAUUUUUCAUCAAAAUCUCAAGGAUUCCCAUCAUGCCUAAAUAAAGGUGCAGGAGUAGAUAACAAUGUAACCGAACAAGCAUGGUGGGUUCAGCCAGGAGACCUUCAGGGUCUGAAAGGUCAAAUAGUCAAGCUGCUUGAGAUGUCUGGCGGGAGUAUGCCUCUUCCUCGUGUUCCUUCAGAGUAUCUAAAGUUCUUUGGCCGGCCACUUUAUAUGGCAGAGUAUGGAGUAUGUAAGUUGGUGCCCCUCAUUAAGAAAAUGGGCGAUGAUACAUUAUUUGUGGUUGGAAAGGGACAUAAGAAGCUGGUGUGCCUACGCAACAGUGAUACGAGUUUUCCUGGUAGACCAACAACCGUGAAGAUUGAUAAGGGAAAGCAAGUUCUGGAGGAAAACACGGAGAUACUUGCCUCUGCUCAUUCAGGAUACUCAUCUGAUGGGUUCUCGGAUGAUGAGAAGAAUGAUGAUCCUCUCUUAGGUUCUGGUGAGUUUGGGGAUCAACUUCAAUGUAUUAGACAAGAAGUACAAGAGCUUCUCAUUUGUUACUCUUGCCCUGUUCCCCUUAGUUCAUUUCAAGCUUUAUACAAGCAGCGAUACAAGAAAGACAUCAACCUGAGAAACUUUGGAGUGGAUAGUCUGGAAGAACUGAUGGAGAAGAUAAAAGAUGUUGUGGCAUUGGUUAUGGAUCAGGCAAGCAAUAAGUUGUUUCUCGUAUUGAGCUUUGCAAGCAGAUGAACUCAGAUGCCAUUAUGAAGGAUUAUCAUAUCAUCAGUCAUUAGGCUUUGUUUGGCUCUAUGUCAGCUGGUUGUCUUUUUCUUUCUUUUUCCAACAAACACUCAGGUUAGGCACUUGUGCUUCCUCACCUAUAUGGCACCUUUUCUUUUGGUGUCUGUAAAGUCUAUGUGAAGGUGUGGAAGCUACAUUUGGUGCAUGUAUUAGUUGAAGAAGCUCUAUAUUUUUCAUGAGCUCUAGUCCUUUUAUUGGUACUGUCUCAUUUGUUGUGCUCUAAGCAAUGUGAAGGGUAAUGAGCCAAUUAGAUUUGUCAUGGUCCAGCUCUUUAACUCUCAAGUUGUAUAUCGUUGUCCCUUGCUUUUCAAGCAAUAUGAAUCAGUAUUGUCGAUACUUUUCCAAA